CAACGAGUUGCACAGAGUCUCGCACACUUUGUUGGACACGUAGUUUUCACGAGAGUCAGUUAUGGGUGUGAAGUUCCUGAAAAAGGGUGACCCACAGCCGCCGCCAGUGGAGGCUGACAAGCUGCGACUCUACUCCAUGCUGUACUGCCCGUACGCACAGCGCGCGCGGCUCGUCCUGGCUGCCAAGGGCGUCCCCUUCGAGACGGUUGAAAUCAACCUGAAGGACAAGCCGGAGUGGUACAGCAAAGUGCAUCCGGAGGCAAAAGUGCCCGCCCUGGAGGUGGGUGGCGGCGAGGUGGUCGUCGAGUCUCUCGACAUUUCAGACUAUUUGGACCGAAAGUUUCCAGAACCACCACUGUGGUCUGCCGAUCAGGAUAAGAAUCUUCACCACAAGCAGCUACUGGAGACGGUCGGGAAGGCGUUCCCAUUGUACAGGAAGUUCUUCAGUGCCAUCACUUCACAGGAGCUGGAUGAGAUAGUGUCCUCUAUGGCGGCUGUCAUACAACCCUUGGAGAAUGAGCUCUCAAAGACAGGAUCCAAAUUCUUCGGAGGUGCGAGGCCCGGCAUGCUGGACUACAUGAUCUGGCCGUGGGCGGAGCGCAUUGAGGGGCUGCUUACGAUGCACCCAGACGUCAAGCUGCCGCUGCAGGACUUCCCCAGACUCUUGGCGUGGGGAGCAGCCAUGAAGCAGGAUCCCGCAGUGAAAGCUUCACUCAUGAGUGGAGAAGCGCACGCCAGUUUCAUCAAGAAGAUCGUGGACGGCAGCCUUGACUUCGAUAAGCUAUAGCAGACACAGCGUCCCGUUUGCUACAUCAGUUUCUUUACAGCAUCGCAACUACAUCAUCUUGGCAGAUGGUCUGCAGCUUUUCGGCAUUUGACGCUGACGUAAUUUGAGUAAUUUCACUGACAGACAUAAACAUAAAAGCUGUUAAAUAUAAUUUCCUUGCUCAAAAU